CUUAUCAAGCAGCAGAUUCUCUCCCUCCAGUUUAGGAAGGAGCACCUUCUGCGCAAUCAUUUCUCAGCUGACGGAGGAAACCCAGCCACUAUUUGAAACCACUAUCAAAUCCCGUUCUGUGUCCGAGGACUCUGAUGCUAAAUUCACGUGCAUAGUGACAGGAUACCCGCAGCCGGAGGUGACGUGGUACAAGGAUGAUAAAGAGAUGGACCGCUACUGUGGCUUACCCAAGUAUGAGAUAUUCCGUCAUGGAAAUCGCCACACCCUGCAGCUGUACAAGUGCCAAGAAGAAGAUGCGGGCAUUUACCAGGCCUCAGCUAGAAAUCACAAAGGCAUUGUGUCCUGCUCUGGUGUGCUGGAAGUGGGAACCAUGACGGAGUUCAAAAUCCAUCAGAAGUGGUUUGACAAAAUUAAGAGAAAAGCUGAAGAAAAGCUGCGAGAGAUCGAGCAGGGCAAGAAACGAGGGAAAGAAAAUGUGGAGGUGGAGAAGUUGCAAGGAAUGAGCCCCGAUCGGCUCCAGAGAAAGCGGAGACUGGCCAGGGAUCUGAAUCUCCAGUCAGGAGCCUCUCCAUGGGAGAAGGAGGAUGCAGCAAAAGUGCACGUCGCUGACUCUCAGUCCAGAUUACAUGAGGAUAUUGCCGAGCCGAAGGAGCAGACGGUCGGUGCGAUGACGGGCUUUCCAAACAAACUGAUAGCGCCUUUGAAAGCAGAGGUGACCACCAAUGGAGAUGCCUCUUUGGAAAGCGUGGAGGAGAACGGGAACAGCUUUCUCGCGUACAUCUACGAGACGGUAGAGGACCUAACGACUAAGCCAACGGCGAAAGACUCCGCAGCUAAAAAGAAAAAGAAGGUGGAGGCUCCUCCACCAGCAAAGCAGGACGUUUCCAAGCGAGAAGAAAGUGGGCGAGACAGGCCCAACCCCCCUACAAAUCCAAGGUUUGCCCCUCCUGUCCCCUUACGCAGGAAUGUGCGUUUGAGGGUGGCAAACGAUCAAGAAGCGGAAAGCAGUCCAAAAACCAAAGAGCCCGGGAAAGCUGUGAAUCGGGACGCUAACAUCAAUGGCGACGUGCACUUCUCUUUGAAAGAGAUGUAUUUCGACAAGCAAGUGGCGCCGGCAGCAGGGAAGGAGGAGGCAGGAGCCAAAGAAGAGGCUGCGAGCGAGGCUGCCCUGCAGCCUGCGGCAGUCAGCAGGCAGGCAGAGGAUGCUCCGUCGUCCUCAGAGGGGUCGGAGGCAGGAACCGCGCCGUCCGAGGGACACAGAGGCCAGCACCAAGCGCAGAAGUUGGAGGGAAACAAAGCCUUCGGUUCAGAGGUUGCAACAACAGUGGGACGGUCUGCUAGUGACCUAAAACACCCAGUGUCUGGUCCAAUCACAGAGACUGGUCAGCAAGCUAAUAAGUCAGAGGAGCUCAGGAAAGAGAUGCCUGUCUGCCAGGAGACCAGGGGGGCUGGGAAAAGGACAAAUCCUCGGCUGAGGCCUCAGGAGCCAACAAAGGCACCGGCACCUUCUCCAGAUCGCGUGCAGUCCAGCAAGGAGCACCCUCUCUCUAGGAAGCAGGCAGAAGGACAUUCCCAUGCUCUCGAGGGCAGAGAGACUCAACAAGGACUGUUAAAUCACAAGGACAAAAGCCAAGAUGAGGAAGAGCCAUUGCUAAAGAAAUCGAGUCCUUCAAAGCCUGGAGAAAACACUCCUUUUGAGCAAACCACACAUCAGACAGCAGUCAAAGGUGGGAAGAGCAAAGAGGCAGGAGCAGACCUGUCCGGAAGCCAUCCUGGUGGAGAGGCAGGAGGGAGUGUGGCAGCAGAACCCUCUCCCAGGGCUGCACACAGGGAGGUGGGAGGGACACCUUUGGGACAUCAGGAGGCUGAAACACCAGCUCCUGCUUCAGUUCAACUUGCCAAGGAAGAGUUGCUUCCUGCUCCUGCAGCAAGUACGCCGGUGGCUCAGGAGGCACUGCUUGCAGCUCACGGUGCCCCAGGGAUGGAGGUCACAGCAGGAGAGGUCCCAUCUGGAGCCCAGCUGCUGCCUCCUGCAAGCAGAGAAACUGAAAUCAAAAAAGCAUAUGGAUCUUCCCCACAAGAAGAUUUUUCAGUCAGCGUGUUAGGGGAGGAGAGCACCAAACCGGUGCCCGUGGGACCUCAGGGGAUGGCAGGAGGAGAGCAAACAGCCACAGCUCUGCAUCAGGAACCAGCAGCACCUUCAGGCACUUUCGAAGGAGGUGCUGAGGUUCAGCCACAAGUACCGCUGGUCCUGCCUAGCCCCAAGAGACCUCAGGACAUGUCUCUGGAGGAGAAGAUGCAGCACAAAAACCUUGUUUCCUCCUUGAAGAACUAUCUGCUGCUGCUUUUAAAAAUGUCAGAUAGCAGCAAGGAUGCCAUGAAAGAAGACACAGAGCCCAGGGACAGGGAGCAGCCCGAUGCAGAGGGAGUCAUGCUCCCAGAGAUAGGCAUUGCAGGCCUGAGCCCCCGCACCUCAAGGAAAGUUUUGGAAAAGGUACAAAACAAUCAGCUCUUCCAGACAGCAGAGAACUUGCCUCUGACCCCCAGGACAUCCAGGCGGAUCACAGGCAUGAUUAACGAGGAAUUCGUUACCAGCAAGGAAAUGCUGGCAUGCAGACCUGUGCCACCAAAGAGACAUACCCGGGUCACUCCCGAGGCGGAGGGGCCACCCCAGCUCUCUGUGCCCUCCAUCGUGGUGGGCAGCGUGCCAACAGCAGGAGUGGUGCAGCCUCCUAGUAGUAUUUACAAUUUGCCUCCAGCGAGCCCUGAAAAAGAGAGCCCUGGUGACCCUCCGGCGGUGCUACCUUGUGCCACGCCAGAGGAGCUUGCUUCUGGAGCCCGGCGCAAAAUAUACCUGCCAAAAACCAAGCAGGUGGAGGAGGAGGGGGAGGCAACCCCAGAGAGCCCAGGGCACAUGAGAAGUCCUACCGUUUCGCCACGGCAAUCCAGGAGGACCGCAGCCCUCCUGCAGUCACCUGGCCCGGCUCCAUCCUCUCCUGCAGAGCAACGCUCGCCAACCCUCACGAGGAAGAUGGCCACAUUGGAGGUUCCUAAGCUGUAUGAGGAGCCCACAGGUGACAGCAGUGCUGACCAUGAGGACCCCGAAGAUGCUAAGCCAGAAGCACAGCCAGCAGAGUCCAAGAAAGCAAAUAACCCGUUUAAAGCUCCACAGGUGAUCCGUAAGAUCAGGGCAGAACAAUUUUCCGAUGCAUCAGGAAACCUGAAACUUUGGUGCCAGUUCUUCAAUAUUUUGAGUGAUUCUAAGCUGAUGUGGUACAAGGACGAGAUCCCUGUAGCAGAAACCCAACGGAGCGCUGGCGACGAGGGCCAGGCAGCCUUGGCUGUUGUGCAGGCGUCCCAGAAGGACUGCGGGGUCUACCGGUGUGUGAUCAGCAACGAGUACGGCACUGACUCCACCGAUUUCCUGCUCAGCCCAGAAGUGCUGUCAGGAUUUAUCUUGCGGGAAGAGAUGGAAGUUGGAGAGGAGAUCGAGAUGACACCUAUGGUGUUCGCGAAGGGUUUGGCUGACGCAGGCUACUGGGGGGACAAGCUCUUCGGGCGCGUGGUGAGUGAGGAUGUGGAAGUGGGCGCCGGUUUCCUGCGCAAAGCCUGCCGUGCCAGAGCCAUCUACGGCCUGGAGCCCAUCUUUGAGUCUGGCCGCACCUGCGUCAUCAAAGUGCACAAUUUCAUUGUCUUUGGGACCAAGAACGAGAACAGCCUCAUCGAGAAGAACUACGAUAUCACCAUCCAGGAAUGUAAAAUCCAGAACUCCAGCCGUGAGUACUGCAAGAUCUUUGCCGCUGAGGCACGAGCCGUCCCUGAUUUUGGAGCGGUGCCUGAGAUAAUUCCUCUGUACCUGAUUUACCGACCGGCCAACAACAUCCCUUACGCCACAAUGGAAGAGGACCUGGGUGGGCCCUGCGAGCAGUACUGUGUCACCGAGAGAGAUGGCAGCUUGGUGGCACGAGGCACCUCAGAGAUCAUCCUCAAAUGCUGCACCUUCCAGCAUUGGGUCUACCAGUGGACAAACGGAAACAUCCUCGUGACUGACAUGGAAGGAGUGGGCUGGAAGAUGACCAACGUGCGGAUUGCUACAAACCUGAAAGGGUACCAGGGGCUGAAGGAAAGUUGCUUCCCUUCUCUGUUGGAGCAAUUCGUGGCCACCCACCAGUGUAACCAUUACUGCGGCAUCCUGGGCCUGAAGACGCCGGAGCCCGCCCUUGCCUCCGGAGUGGGCAGCUGA